CCGAAAUUCAAAGGAGCAGUUCCGGCACGGUUGUUGGGCUGCGGCGGAUGCUGUCCCCGGGAUGGUGGCGUUCGCCCGAUAGCACCCCAGUACAGGUCGGGUGGCCUCGCUCUCCGCUUUCGCGUUGUGUAGGAACUUUGCUGCUUUCCUCGGCCGGGGCGGCUUUGUAGCCGACCUGGCUUGUAGCUUGUUGCCCAACAGAGGCUUACUGGCCCAAGACAGUAUAGAAAAUGUAUGUUAAGUCAAUCAUUCUCGAAGGAUUCAAGUCCUAUGCACAAAGGACUGAAGUCAAUGGUUUUGACCCCCUCUUCAAUGCUAUCACUGGUUUAAAUGGUAGUGGAAAAUCCAAUAUAUUGGACUCCAUCUGCUUUCUCCUAGGCAUCUCCAACCUGUCUCAGGUGCGGGCUUCUAAUUUACAAGAUCUAGUUUAUAAAAAUGGGCAGGCAGGAAUUACCAAAGCCUCUGUUUCAAUCACUUUUGAUAAUUCUGACAAAAAGCAAAGCCCUUUAGGAUUCGAAGCUCAUGAUGAAAUCACAGUAACAAGACAGGUGGUUAUUGGUGGCAGAAAUAAAUAUCUAAUCAAUGGAGUGAAUGCCAAUAACACCAGAGUCCAGGAUCUCUUUUGUUCUGUGGGCCUGAAUGUUAACAACCCUCACUUCCUCAUCAUGCAGGGCAGAAUUACAAAAGUAUUAAAUAUGAAACCACCAGAGAUAUUAUCCAUGAUUGAAGAAGCUGCUGGAACCAGGAUGUAUGAGUACAAAAAAAUAGCUGCCCAGAAAACUAUAGAAAAAAAGGAGGCUAAGCUGAAAGAAAUAAAAACGAUAUUGGAAGAAGAGAUUACUCCAACUAUCCAAAAAUUAAAAGAGGAAAGAUCUUCAUACUUGGAGUACCAAAAAGUCAUGCGAGAAAUAGAGCACCUGAGUCGUUUAUAUAUUGCUUACCAGUUUUUGCUGGCUGAAGAUACCAAGGAGCGCUCAGCUGAGGAACUAAAGGAAAUGCAGAAUAAAAUAUUAAAGCUUCAAGAAGUACUAUUAGAGAAUGAAAAAAAAAUAAAGGCUCUCAGUUGUGAGAUAGAAGAGUUGGAGAAAAGAAAAGAUAAGGAAACUGGCGGCAUACUCCGAUCUUUGGAGGAUGCUUUUGCAGAGGCUCAGCGAGUUAAUACUAAGUCUCAAAGUGCAUUUGACCUCAAGAAGAAAAACUUGGCCAGUGAAGAAACCAAACGUAAAGAGCUAGAAAAAAACAUGGUUGAGGACUCUAAAACAUUAGCAGCAAAGGAAAAAGAAGUUAAAAAGAUAACAGAUGGGCUGCACAGCUUUCAAGAAGCAAGUCAUAAAGAUGCUGAAGCCUUGGCCGCUGCACAGCAGCACUUCAAUGCUGUUUCUGCUGGCUUGUCCAGUAAUGAAGAUGGAGCGGAAGCCACUCUGGCCGGUCAGAUGAUAACCUGUAAAAACGACAUAAGUAAAGCUCAGACCGAGGCCAAACAGGCGCAGAUGAAGUUGAAACAUGCCCAACAAGAACUAAAGAGUAAGCAAGCAGAAGUUAGGAAGAUGGAUAGUGGCUACAAGAAGGAUCAAGAAGCUUUUGAAGCUGUAAAGAAAGCUAAGGAAAAACUUGAAACUGAAAUGAAGAAACUAAAUUAUGAAGAAAACAAAGAGGAAAGGCUUCUGGAAAAGCACAGGCAGCUCUCUCGAGACAUCAGUAAUCUGAAAGGAACUUACGAAGCUCUCUUGGCCAGAUUUCCCAACCUUCGGUUUGCAUACAAGGAUCCAGAGAAGAACUGGAAUAGGAAUUGUGUGAAAGGACUUGUAGCUUCCCUGAUAAGUGUAAAAGAUAAUUCUGCCGCCACAGCUUUGGAAUUGGUAGCUGGAGAACGACUCUACAAUGUUGUAGUAGACACAGAGGUUACUGGUAAGAAGCUGCUAGAAAAGGGGGAAUUGAAGCGUCGAUACACAAUAAUCCCUCUCAAUAAAAUUUCAGCCAGAUGUAUUGCUCCUGAAACUCUGAGGGUCGCUCAGAAUCUUGUUGGUCCUAACAACGUUCAUGUAGCUCUUUCCUUGGUUGAAUACAAACCAGAACUUCAGAAAGCAAUGGAAUUUGUCUUUGGAACAACAUUUGUUUGUAACAAUAUGGAUAAUGCCAAAAAAGUGGCCUUUGAUAAAAGGAUAAUGACUCGAACUGUAACUCUUGGGGGUGAUGUAUUUGAUCCUCAUGGGACAUUGAGUGGAGGUGCUAGAUCCCAGGCAGCUUCUAUUUUAACCAAGUUUCAAGAACUCAAAGGUGUUCAAGAUGAGCUGAGGAUCAAGGAGAAUGAACUACAUGCUCUAGAAGAGGAAUUAGCGGGUCUUAAAAACGUUGCUGAAAAGUAUCGGCAACUGAAACAGCAAUGGGAGAUGAAGACAGAGGAGGGAGAUUUGUUGCAAACCAAACUUCAGCAAAGCUCUUAUCAUAAACAACAAGAAGAAUUAGAUGCCCUUAAAAAAACCAUUGAGGAAAGUGAGGAGACAUUAAAAAACACCAAAGAAAUCCAAAAGAAAGCUGAAGAAAAGUAUGAAGCAUUGGAGAAUAAAAUGAAAAAUGCAGAAGCUGAAAGAGAGAAAGAACUGAAGGAUGCUCAGAAAAAACUGGAUUGUGCCAAAACAAAGGCAGAUGCAUCUAACAGGAAAAUGAAAGAAAAACAACAGGAAGUUGAAGCAAUCACUCUGGAGCUAGAAGAGCUCAAAAGAGAACAUGCAUCUAAUAAACAGCAGCUUGAUGCUGUGAAUGAAGCCAUCAAAGCCUACGAAGGUCAGAUUGAAAUGAUGGCAGCUGAGGUAGCUAAAAAUAAGGAAUCAGUAAAUAAAGCUCAAGAAGAGCUGACAAAGCAAAAAGAAAUAAUAACGGCCCAAGACAAUAUAAUUAAAGAAAAAUGUGCGGAAGUGGCAAAGCACAAUUUGCAAAACAAUGAUUCUCAGCUUAAAAUUAAGGAAUUAGACCACAGCAUCAGCAAACAUAAGCGGGAAGCUGAUGAUGCUGCUGCUAAGGUAUCCAAAAUGUUGAAUGAUUAUGACUGGAUUAAUGCUGAGAAACACCUCUUUGGCCAACCUAAUAGUGCCUAUGAUUUCAAAACAAACAACCCAAAAGAAGCUGGACAGAGACUUCAGAAGUUACAAGAAGUAAAAGAGAAACUAGGAAGAAGCGUCAAUAUGAGAGCUAUGAAUGUACUGACAGAAGCUGAAGAGCGGUAUAAUGAUUUGAUGAAGAAGAAAAGAAUUGUAGAAAAUGACAAAUCCAAAAUCCUUGCAACUAUAGAAGAUCUUGAUCAGAAGAAAAACCAAGCCCUAAAUAUUGCUUGGCAAAAGGUAAACAAAGACUUUGGCUCUAUUUUUUCUACCCUUUUGCCUGGUGCCAAUGCUAUGCUUGCACCACCAGAAGGGCAGACAGUUUUAGAUGGUCUGGAGUUCAAGGUUGCCUUAGGAAAUACAUGGAAAGAAAAUCUAACUGAGCUUAGUGGUGGUCAGAGGUCUCUAGUGGCUCUGUCACUAAUAUUGUCCAUGCUCCUCUUCAAACCUGCUCCAAUUUAUAUCUUGGAUGAGGUGGAUGCAGCCUUGGAUCUUUCUCAUACCCAGAAUAUUGGACAGAUGCUGCGCACUCACUUCACACAUUCUCAGUUCAUUGUGGUGUCCCUCAAAGAAGGUAUGUUCAACAACGCAAACGUUCUCUUCAAAACUAAGUUCGUGGAUGGUGUUUCUACAGUAGCUAGAUUUACUCAGAGUCAAAAUGGGAGGAUUCCAAAGGAAGCAAAGUCCAAGGGAAAAGGACCCAAAUGAGCACGUGUUGGAAGUUCAGAGUACAGACUGCUCCCAUUGACCUGUUUUUUACACAUGAUCAAGAAUUUGAAGUCUAAGUUGUUUAUAUGGUAAUAUUAUCAUUAUUUUCUUACUUAAUUCUUUUUAUCACUUGUAAAAGAAGAAUCCUCUUUUCUUACCUAGUGUGAUUGUGGUCCAAUUAUUGUAGCUGUGAUUACAUGAAUAUCAUUAAUUUUUUUUCUUACAAAAAUCUUUUACGUAUUAAGGAACCUGAGAUCUGCCUAGUUGGUAAAUUCUGUAUGCAGAAGCCAAAAUACAAAGAAACAGAUGAAGUUAUAGGAAAAAUAUGGCUGAUGUCAGCUUUUAACUAGUUUAAUUUCUAAGGACAGUAUUCAUGAAUUUUCUUUUGCUUAUAAAAUCAUUUGAGUAUGGAUAUUUAUAAAGCAUGUCCUUGGACUAACAAAGGGAACACAGCAAUUAUGCAUGCACUGAGCUGUUUGAGGCCAGUCCUGGUCCAGUCCUGUAGGAAUACCAUGCCAAAUUCUCAGAUGGGAAAUGGAGCUUGAGAAAAAUUUUCACUUUAAUGAUGUUGGACUAUCAUGUUUAUGUGUGUGCAAUAAUUGGUCUUUGAGUAUUUUAAUAGAAGCUCGGGAAGAAAUGUGUUGCACCAUAUUACACUUGUAUUGUUCUAUCUAAAGUCCUCUAAUAUUUUUUAAGGUUUUUAUCAGACUUCUCAUAAUCUAAUCAUUAACCUUUUGGUGAUUAUAGGACCUAGCAGAUUAAGUGAAAAGUAUAUUUUCUAAGAAUCUGAUAAACCUAAACAUAUCUGCCUUUUCUACCAAAAUAGCUCAAAGGCUUGAUGAUUGAUAUAAUUCUUAGUGCCUUCUGCUUGUCCAGGUCAAAGGGUGACACUCCCUUAGAAAGCAGGAGGCAGAGCUAAUACUCACCCUGAGAUCCUCAUCUGCAGUUCUUAGUCUCUCUAGAUAACAUUUCCACAUCAGCACCUCCACACUUGGAAUCCUCAGAGCUCUGAUGUGAUCUAAUAUGAUUUUACAGGUUUGGGCCCAUAUUUCUUCCUGAUACUUAAGCAUUUGUUCCUUGGUGUUCUACUUUUUCUGAUACCUUAUCCAGGCCCUGAGUUGGAUAUUUCUCAAACUUAUUUGCCAUACAUAUCUGUGAUGUCCUUAAGUAAUUUUUACCCUGUGAUAUAUUGGAAAUGAUUUCAUCUGGAGUGGUUCUGUCUACUGUGGGAGGGAAGAGACACUAAACUGUAAAUACUGACCUACAGACAGUGUGGAGCACAGAUAAUGGACCUACACAGUGUUUUGUUUCCCACGGUGUUAUAAACUAUUGGUCAAGACAGUUGUGUCUAUUCACACUGUCACUGAUACAGUAUUCUACUUUGGUCACAAUCUAAUCAAUGCCAGCUGUUAAUAUUUUGGAUUAGGCAGUUAUAAAAUAGCAUUGAAUUGCUAUUUUAGCCAGCAUUUUUAAAAUGACUUAUAAGGUUGACCAUUUUGUGUGAUUUCCUUUCUUUGGCUAUAAAUUAUUUCCUUGUAUGCUUUUCUGUUUUUUGUAUUAUGUAUAAUUUUGCUCUUUGAAAAUUCUUGUGCAUAUAUUAAAUUUCUGUGAGGCAUAUAUUAAA